AUGUCAGAAGCUGAUGCAUUCAUCUUCGCAGUGCUGCAGCAAAACGGCUGGUUGGAAGGGGACUCGACAUGGACGGUAAAAGAGCUCUCGUCCGAUAAGCUAAUUGUUAUCGUGCUCGAGUUUCUGGCGCGAUUGCAGGAUACACAUGACGAUUUGACGCUAAACCUGCCAUGUGUGGAGGCCAAAGCACCGGUGGGUGUAGCAGCGCGGCAUCGUAUUGGUUCACAGCUUGCUAAUAUUCUCAAGGAGCUUGGAUAUGCUGGAGAUUGCGGAUACAAUCAUUUCUUGUAUCCAACCGAGAAAGAGACACGAAAUAUUUUGUCGUGGCUUGUGGGGAAGCUACCUAGGUCAAAAUUGGAGGAAAGUGAAGAUGAAGCAAGUCAAUCAAGAGCUAUGGACACUAGCAUGAACGUCACUGAUACGAAGCUGGAUAGAAAGCAACUAGCCAGCAUUUUUUCUUGUUGGAAGCAAGAAAAGACGCUUCACAUGCUUCCGAAUCCAAAUUUUAAAGAACUGCGAGGCUUUCAACGGCUGCCAUUAAAGACUUUUCCACUGGAGUUACCCUGGAAUGGACUAAAUCAAUCGACGUGUUAUAUCUUCAAAAAUUUUCCGAAGGAUUGUGUCAAAGCGACAUCGCUUUUGGAGGCAUUAGCUGUUGCGAAGCGUAAUUCUGCUACACUUCUUGAUGAGGAAGAGUUCGAAGAAGGAAUCGACUUGAAAGCUGUAGAUGAUCAACGUAUACACGAGCAAUUUCGUGGAAAUGUCACGGAUGCACAAUUUCAAGAAAGAGAGGUAGAAGACGAUGACUUUGCAGCUAUUUUGCCUUACCCGUUGUUAAUGAAGACACUUCCGGACAUUCCAUUGGCCUUUGAAAAUUUGCCUCCAGCAGGCACUGGGGAAUCAACUGAAGAUAGCACUUCAAAAGAAUUGGCUAAUUUAACCGGCAUUGAAGCAAGUCCAAUCGGUGGGAAAGAUGUCGUCCAAAUCGACAUUUGUGCUGAAGGAGACGAGGAAAUGAUCGAGCAGCUGCAAAAACAAGUAGAGGAAAGUGAGCACCGUAUUGCUGCGAUGCGUAAGGAACUUGAUCGUGAGCGUGGUGAACUUCACGAAGUUGAGCAGCAUAUGCAGAAGACGCAAGCUAGUAUCCAAGAAAUGCGACAGCAAUUGGAAAGGCAGAAACAACUUUUAGCUCUGCUUCCUGAGGCUGAAGCAAACAUUGCCAAGCUUAAGCACCUUUGCCGGGAGAGUACUGCCAAGAAAGCUGAGAUAGCGCAGCAGAUGGAGAUUGCACGAGAACCUCUUCUUAAGGAGCUUACAGCAUUGAAUUAUCAAAGAUCGAGUUUUAAAGCUCGGCGCCGACAGCUUAUUCGUGAGAUAAAGGCAAUGAAAGCAGAGAUGCUAGAAAUAUCUGGAAACAUUAAUUCCAAGAUGGAGAGUCUUCGGGCGCUUGAGAAACAUCAAGAGCGACGCCUUAUCAAACCUAAAGAAAAUGCAAGUACCAUGACUCGGAGCAUGUAUACUUCACGCAUCAUGGAUAUCAUCAAGCAAGUGCAUAAGCAAAAGCAAGACAUCGCCAAGAUUUUAAACGAUAUAAAUGGUAUCCAAAGACAGCUUAAUACAGCGGCGGAAAAACUCAAGCGAACUGAAGCAGAGGCUGAAGAAAAACUGUAUAUUGCUUCUAGUAGGAGCAAAACCACCGGCAGUUCAAAGGCCGAUGCAUACAUCGAAUCGUACCGCAAGUUUGCUCACGUACGUGAAAUAUUCGAAGAGCUUCUUCUGGUGAUCGAUGAUGCCGGAAAAAAAGAGAAUGCAGCUCGCGAUUUACAAAAUUGGAUCACACAAUUGGAAGCACGUGACAGCAGCAGCCAUUUGGACAAAGUAUUGGCUGAUUUGCAGAGUGUGCGUCACGAAAAUGACAUCCUUCAGAACAAGUUACGUGCUAGCAACAACAAAUAA